CUCAAUGUUUAUUCUCACUGCUUACAAAGGACCAUGACUUCCAAAAAAAAACACUUACUGACACAUCAGUUUUAACGUUCAUUCAACGCAUACCUAGUGCCCUUCUGUCAUUGUUGUGCUCUGUAGUCUGCACUUGUAUAUGCACAUCAGACUGUGGAGAGAGAGAAGAGAUGGCAACAGAGACUAGCAGAAAUCGAUGUCCAGUGACUGAUAUCAACGUAUUGCCGGAGAAUUGCAUAGCAAACUUCUUGUCUCUCACGAGUCCUCCAGAGACUUGUCGGCUUUCGUUGGUGGCAUCCACUUUCCGGUCGGCUGCGGAAUCUGACUCAGUUUGGGAGAGAUUUCUGCCGUCAGAUUAUCAGGACAUGAUUGCCCGAGCGUCCGAGCCGCCGGUUUUCGCAUCCAAGAAAGAGCUUUAUCUGAGUCUCUCCGAUCAUCCCCUCAUCAUCGAUGAUGGGACUAAGAGUUUUUCAUUGGAUAGAAGGAGUGGGAAGAAAUGUUUCAUGUUAUCUGCAAGAUACCUCACAAUUAUUUGGGGUGAUACACCUGAGUAUUGGAGAUGGAUUUCUCUACCGAACGAGUCCAGAUUCACUGAGGUGGCGGAGCUUCUCCAUGUUUGUUGGCUUGAAAUUCAUGGAAAGAUAAGUACUCAGAUGCUAUCGCCAGACACAACCUAUGCGGCCUACCUUGUGUUCAAGUGGGCAGCAAGAGUGAUUGGCUUUAGAUUCGAAUACAAACCUGCAGAGAGUUGGGUACGACUCAGUGGGAGUGAAGGGCAAUCAAGGAGUUUUCAUCUGGAUACCAAUGGACGGCAGAGGCGUGAAAGGUGUGUUGUACCACGGCGAAGGGUUUGUCACCGCAACAUUAUCCGGAGGAGACAAGAAGUUGACGCGCUAAGAGAGAGUGGCCAAUAUCCAAAGGAGAGAGGGGAUGGGUGGUUGGAGAUGGAGUUGGGUGAGUAUCUCAACAAGAGUGGAGAAGUAGGGGAACUAGAAAUAUGUUUGCAAGAAGUGAAGGACGGCAACUGGAAAAGUGGCCUCAUUCUUCAAGGAAUUGAAAUAAAGCCGAAGAUUAGUACUCCUGUCCAAAAUAGAUGGGUAAUUAGUGAAGGACGGCAACUGGAAAAGUGGCCUCAUAAGUACCCAACUAUUAAAGUAUUCAACUAUUUUGGGAUAGAUAAAUGAAAUAAAGAAUGAAUAUAUUUGUAGCCACCGAUUGAAGUGGCCGAUUAAACCUAAUUGUUCAUGCUAUGUGGUGUAUUAUGAUGCGCUUGCAGCCUUCUUCUUGUUCUGUACGAGCCAUUUGGGUUGGUGAACUUUGUGUAUUAUGAGGUUUGAAUAGCAGAAAAUUUGAGCUAUGUUUGGGGUCUGUAUGAACCAUUUGGGUUGAUAUAGAUUUCUUUCUCUUUUUUUUCUUUUUUUUUUUU